AUGGACCCUUCAUCGCUCCCAGAGCACUCUGCGCGAGACUCCCCCAUCAACCCGGCCGGGUCGAGCACUCUCCCACAGCGUCCCAGCCCUGGCCGCCAAAGCCAACGGACAGAGUCGGACUCUCCAAGCAGGGGAGAUGGGCCGAUACCUGACGAUAACCAUGGUGCCGACUUACCAAUGAACAUGAGUGCCUCCGUGAUGCUGACAGGCCUGCCCCGCGAUGCGCAUCAGGCGUUGGCUGACGUGGAAGCUAUCGAUGCUGGCAAAGUCACUGUGCGCUUCCAACCGCUGCCAUCCGCCCCGAUACUCAAGAAUCGGGUGUUCAAGAUCAGCGCGUCGCAGAAGUUCGAAACCGUGGUCAAAUUCCUUCGAAAGAAGCUGGACUGUAAAGAUACGGAUUCAGUCUUUUGCUACGUAAAUAGUGUAUUCGCCCCAGGCCUGGACGAGGGCGUAGGUGGAUUAUGGCGAUGCUUCAAAACAGAUGAUCAAUUGAUUGUCGCUUACUCAAUGACGCCGGCGUUCGGUUGA